AGGAUUGUGCCGGCUGUUUUUCAUGGAGAAAGUCCAGGGAGAAAUGGAGAUUGAGAGAUGGGAAAGAAGUGAAGAGAUUUCAGACGCAGAAAAAAAGGUUAUUCAAGAGACAUGGAGCAGAGUAUAUGCAAACUGCGAGGACGUUGGGGUCUCCAUACUUAUCAGGUUUUUUGUCAACUUCCCCUCGGCCAAGCAGUACUUCAGCCAGUUCAAGCACAUGGAGGACCCAUUGGAGAUGGAGAGGAGCUUGCAACUGCGUAAGCACGCUCGGCGGGUCAUGGGUGCCAUUAACACUGUGGUGGAGAACCUCAAUGACUCCGAAAAGGUGUCCUCUGUUCUGGCCCUGGUGGGCAAGGCGCAUGCCCUCAAGCACAAAGUGGAGCCCAUCUACUUUAAGAAACUCACUGGUGUCAUGCUGGAGGUCAUUGCUGAAGAAUACGCCAACGACUUCACCCCGGAGGCGCACGGUGCCUGGACCAAGAUGAGGACCCUCAUCUACACCCACGUGACGGCGGCGUACAAGGAGGUGGGCUGGGCGCAGUACCCCACCGCCACCCUGUGAGCGGCCAGCGGGGCCAGGCGAGGGGCAGGGAGGGCUUCGCUCACCCCAGGACUUCACUCUGGUCUCUUCUCAAGAUCUUCGCUCAGUCUAGGGAGCCCGGUAGGGCCAGCUCUGUUAGCUGCCAAGUCACAAUUUGAUCUCCAUGGGGUUUAAAAACAAACUAAAUAAGC